AGUAGUGCAGUUGACGACGAACGAUUCAUAUUGUCUAAACGUUUCAGAAGGCAGAGAAAACCAAAAUCGUGUUCGAAACAAAAUACGUUUCGUCAUCACCAACUUACAGACUCAGAUCUCCAAAUUUCAUUUCUCCAUCUGAUUUCCUCUCCAGUUCUUGCAAAAAUUUGGUGCAAAAUCCUAUUAUUUUGAUCGUAUACCGGGAUUUAGGAGCCAUUUCUGGUUUCUGGGGUUCUGGUGUUUGAAUAAUGUGGAGCUCGAUAGCUAAUUUUAAAGAGAAUUUGAAUAAGAUAGCUCUCGAUGUGCACCACGACGAUGACGAAGAGGAAUUCGCGAUUUAUGGCUCCAAUGGAGGGGAUGGUGAUGUCUCUGCUUCUGAUCGGAGGAACUCGCAUAGCUUUGCUCAUUCGAAUUCGGUGACGCGGUCGCCGAUUACGAAUGGGAUUGAGGAUGCUCGUCACCCUGAGAUUGAAAAAUACAAAACGGAAAUUAAGAGGCUUCAGGAAUCUGAGAGGGAUAUUAAAUCAUUAUCAAUGAAUUAUGCUGCUUUGCUAAAGGAAAAAGAGGAGUUAAUCUUACGAUUGAACAAGGAAAAUGGCUGGCUAAAACAAAAUUUGGACGCCACAAAUUCACCUAGAGAUGAAAGUUCCAAAUCAUCAGCAAAUGGAACUAAUGAUGUGAAGGGAAGUGAUCAAUCACCUAGCCAACUGCGUAGAGGGAAGAACCGACGUAAUGGUAUUAUAUCUAAGCAGGAUGGAAUUACUAAUGGAGCUUCACACUCUGGAAAACUUGAUCACCAAUGUAAGAUGAUACCAGAACAUUCAACUUCACGGGUAAAGGAUACGGAGCUUGCGGAUUUGCAAGAAGGGAAUAUUGGAUCACCACAAGAUGCGCAAGCUACUCUUGAGAUGAAACAAUCAAGGAAGGAGCUUCAUCAAGAACGGGGACAGUUAGCAGAUAUGCAACUAAGAUUACAAGAGGAGCAAAAAUUGAACAAAAAGUUCCAGGAAGAGUUGAGCUCUCUGAUGAUGAACAAGGACAAAGCAUCUUUGGAGAUGAGCAACAUUCUAAGAGAACUUAAUGAGAAGAAAUUAGAAGUAAAGAAGUUGCAUGUUGAGUUGAAUAGAAGAGAGAAUACGAAGUCUGAUGAUAAUGUGGAGGCAUUGAAGAGAUUAGUUGCAAAAUUGGAGAAAGAAAAGAGUACUCUGGAGAUGGAAAAAAAUGAACUUAAAGAUACAUUGGAAAAGCGCCGAAAAUCCUCAAGUGUUGAAAGCCCAUCAAGUUCUUUAGAAAAGGCGAAUCGGCACCUAAGUGGUUCUAGUGAGAAAUUAGGCCCAUUUGGAAUUCCCCCCGGAAAAGAAGAUACGGAUCUAACAUUGCAAAAAUUGAAGGAAGAUUUGAAGGAUAUACAGCAAGAGAGAGACAAAGCAGUGCAUGAACUAUCACGUCUCAAGCAGCAUUUAUUGGAAAAGGAAUCUGAGGAGUCAGAAAAGAUGGAUGAAGAUAACAGAAUUAUUGAAGAACUUCGGAAAAAUAAUGAACAUCAAAGGGGCCAGAUAUUGCAUUUAGAGAAAGCAUUGAGUCAGGCAAUUGCAACUCAGGAGGAGGUUGAGAUGUAUACGAAUAAUGAACUCCAGAAAUCUAAGGAACUUAUUGAAGACCUUAACAGAAAAGUUGCAAACUAUAUGAGUAUUAUAGAUUCCAAGAAUAUUGAACUUUUGAAUCUUCAAACUGCACUCGGCCAGUACUAUGCAGAAAUUGAAGCUAAGGAACACUUGGAGAGUGAUUUGGCUCGGGAAAGAGAAGAAGAAGCUAAAUUGUCUCAAAUGUUAGAAUUGGCUAACCAAAGAGAGGAUGCAUUAAAGAAGGAGAAGGAAGAAAUUUUGGCAAAGCUUUCAUUUUCUGAAAGUGCAUUGGUAGAAUGGAGAAGCAGAGUAAAUAAACUUGAGGAAGAUAAUUCAAAGCUGCGCCGCGCACUUGACCAGAGUAUGACAAGGCUGAAUAGGAUGUCAGUGGAUUCAGAUUUUCUUGUUGACAGGCGUAUUGUGAUCAAAUUACUGGUGACGUACUUCCAGAGAAAUCACAGCAAAGAGGUCUUGGAUCUUAUGGUCCGUAUGCUUGGAUUUUCUGAAGAUGACAAGCAGAGGGUAGGAGCUGCUAGACAAGGUCCAAGCAAGGGCGUUGUACGUGGAGUUUUGGGCCUCCCUGGUCGCCUGGUGGGUGGGAUUUUGGGGGCAAGCUCUGCGGAGAUGCCUGCUGAUAUGGCAUCGGAUAAUCAGUCCUUUGCAGAUUUGUGGGUUGAUUUUCUCCUCAAGGAAACUGAAGAAAGAGAGAAAAGAGAAGCCGAGGCAAGCCUCAGGCUUCAGGAAAAACCCCAACUCAGCAGUCCGAAUGUUGGCGCUACUGGUCCAAAUGGUUCGACAUCUGAUUCUUCUUCAAGAUCACCUUUUCCUUCACAUCUUCAAUCAACUAACCGUCCCUUUGGUGGUGGUGAUAUUCGGCUUUCAAGACAUCACUCGGAUUCUGAGUUCUCAACAGUAACUCUCACAUCAUCUGAGAACACUUGUAAUUCUAGACCGCUCCCAAAAUACUGA